AUGGUGAAGGAGAGUGAGUAUUACGAUAUUCUAGGCGUCAAGACUGAUGCCUCAGCUGCUGAGAUUAAAAAGGCUUAUUAUAUAAAAGCAAGGCAAGUUCAUCCAGACAAGAACCCUGGUGAUCCUCAAGCUGCUAGAAAUUUUCAGGUACUAGGCGAAGCUUACCAGGUUCUUAGCGAUCCGGAGAAGCGAACUGCUUAUGACAAAUAUGGAAAAGAAGGUGUUCAACAGGAUGCAAUGGUUGAUCCUGCAGCUGUAUUUGGCAUGCUCUUUGGUAGCGAGCUGUUUGAGGAUUACGUUGGGCAACUUGCUCUUGCUUCAAUUGCAUCACUUGACGCCGAGUUAGAAUCACAUGACCCUGAGACUAGAAAAAAGAUGCUUCAAGAAAAGAUCAAAGCGAUGCAAAAGGCAAGGGUAGACAAACUUGUCGCUACAUUGAAAAACAAACUCGAACCAUUCGUGGAAGGACAAGUCGAUGAAUUUGUGAGUUGGGCUAACGCAGAGGCGAAACGGCUUUCUACAGCUGGUUUUGGUGAAGCAAUGCUUCACACUGUGGGUUACAUAUACACUAGAAAAGCUGCGAGAGAACUCGGAAAGGACAAACGUCUCAUGAAAGUGCCCUUCUUAGCUGAAUGGGUGCGUGACAAAGGCCACCAGAUCAAAUCUCAAGUGAUGGCUGCUUCUGGUGCGGUUUCGUUACUUGUUUUGCAGGACGAAAUGAGCAAGCUGAAUCAGGGAGAGAACAAAGAGGAGCAUAUUCAGAAAGCCAUUGAAGCUAAAAAAGAUGCAAUGCUUCAAUCCCUUUGGCAAAUCAAUGUGCUUGACAUCGAAUCAACCUUAUCUCGCGUCUGCCAAGCGGUGCUUAAAGAUCCAACUGUUUCAAAGGAUGUUCUUCGAGCUAGAGGUAAAGGAUUGAGGAAGCUCGGAAACAUUUUCCAGGGUGGUAAGAAAGCGUACUCUAGAGAGAACAGCUUGCGCCACGAAGAAGCCGCCGUGAAACUUGACGACGGAGAUUCCUCAAAGCCGGCGACUUAA